GUACUUUCUUACUUGGCUAAGACUCCUCAGUCUCCAACAUACGGCCUGGACCAGAUCUCAAGCUGUCGCCUCAGGAAUACAAUCUUCCUCUGCGCAAAUACACAGCCCAAAUGACGGGAACUAUCAGAGUCGCAGCCUGUCACGUCGCGGCAAAAUUCCUCUCCGCGCGAGAAACCACCCAAAAAGCACUAUCGCUUAUCCAACGUGCCUCUCUGAACGACGCAAACUUGGUAGUUUUCCCGGAGACAUAUAUCCCCGCAUUUCCUAUCUGGAGCGCGCUCCGGCCUCCGACGCAAAACCAUGCCUUGUUCCAGAAGAUGGCCGCUGAAUCCGUAUACGCCGAUGGGGAUGAAGUUCGCGCAAUACGUGCCGCUGCUCGCAAAUCUCAGACCUAUGUAAGCAUCGGUAUUUCAGAGAAAGUUCACUACAGCGUUGGUUGUCUCUUCAACUCAAAUCUUCUCGUCGGUCCCGAUGGCGCGGUUCUAAAUCACCAUCGCAAGCUGGUACCUACCUUUUUUGAGAAGCUUACGUGGGCCCCGGGAGAUGGGCAUGGUCUUCGCGUGACAGAAACGCCCUUCGGGAAGAUCGGCGUCUUAAUUUGCGGCGAGAAUACCAACCCGCUUGCCCGGUAUGCAUUGAUGGCGCAGGGUGAACAGCUGCAUAUUUCUACGUGGCCAGCUGUGUGGCCCACCCGGGUGGACACAAUUGGCAACGAAGGCACCAACAAGGGAAAAAACUACGAUAAUGUGACCGCAAACAGGACGAGGGCUGCAGCCCACUGCUUCGAAGCCAAGGCAUUCGGAGUACUCUGUUCUGGACUCUUAGAUGAGCCUGCUAUAGAUUUAGUAGCGUCUGGGGCUCCAGAUCCAGAAACAAUUAAGAAAGUCUUGAAGGAUGCUCAAGGGGGCGCGACGAUGUUCUUAGACCCUACUGGUGCGCCCUUGAUUGGCUUUACUGUCAACGAGACCACCGGCGAAAAGCAAGACACCGAUAUCUUGCAGAAGGAAGAGGGUAUUCUGUACGCUGAUCUGGACUUGUCAAAAUGUGUGGAGGGGAAGCAAUUUCACGAUGUCGUGGGUGGAUACCAAAGACAUGAUGUCUUUGAGCUGAAUGUAACUCGCGACAGGCAGAAGCCGAUUCGCUUCCGCGGUCUGGCACCGGAUUUGACUGCGAAAUAG